AUGGCAGCACAGAAUCAAGGUCACGAAGACAUCCAACUGCAAGUCAUUACACGUCCACCGGCCGACGACGGCCCAUCUCCGCAACCGCCCGGCCCACAGCAACAGCAACAACAACAACUCGUCGUCGUCCCCAAAACCAAACAAAUCAAGUGGUGGUUAAAAGUCCUCACCUACACAGCAAUCAUACUAAUCUCCCAAACCGCCGUCGUUUUACUCGCCAGGCUCUACUUCGUCAAGGGCGGAGCCAGCAAGUGGCUCGUCACCACCGUCCAGCUCGCCGGCUUCCCUCUCCUCAUCCCUUACUACCUCUACCACCACCUCACCAAAAACCACGCCGUCGAUGGUGGUGACCGGCGACAACCGUCUUCAAACUUGACACAUGGAGCUUUUUACACGAUCGUCGGGCUCCUCACCGGCGGGAGCACGUACCUCUACUCCACGGGGAUCGACUACCUCCCCGUCUCGACGUCGACGCUCAUCGCGUCGUCGCAGCUGGCGUUCAACGCCUUCUUCUCCUACUUCCUCAACUCCCAAAAGUUCACUCCUCUCGUCGUCAACUCGCUCUUCCUCCUCACCGUCUCCUCCGUCCUCCUCGUCUUCGCCGGGGACCCCGCCGCCGACCCCAGGGGGAUCACCAGGGCCAAGUACACCGUCGGGUUCCUCUGCACUGUCGCCUCCGCGGCCGCGUCGGGGCUCUUCUUUUCCAUCUCCGAGUACGCCUUCAGAAAAGUUCUCAAGGUGCGGAGCCUGAAGGUGGUGAUGAACAUGCUGAUGUUUCAAGGGAUGGUGGCGAGCGGGAUCGGCGCGGUGGGGCUGUUCGCCAGCGGCGACUGGAAAGGUCUGAGGAAGGAGAUGGACGACUACAAGCUCGGGAAGGCGGGGUACGUGAUGACGUUGGUUUGGACGGGCGUGACGUGGGAGAUAUUCGCGGUGGCGACGAUGGCGUUGGUGUUCGAGGUGAGCUCCGUGUUCUCCAACGUCGUCGGCACCGUGGGGCUGCCACUGGCGCCGAUCAUGGCGGUGGUGGUAUUCGACGACAGGAUGAGCGGUGUCAAGGCGGUGGCGAUGGUGCUCGCGCUCUGGGGCUUCCUUUCUUACCUCUGCCACCAGUACCUGGACGGCCGUCGGGAGAAAGAAUAA